UUCACACUAAUUACAAAUUUUGGAGUAUUUAUUUACCUAUCUAACACGCCGUGGGUUUUAUGAAAGAAAAAAUAUUGGCCAAUCGAAAACCGUUUAAUAUUGGGGUUUGGGGAAAUCUGGCAUUUCCUUUGUGCGCCAUAUUCCAUUUUCGAUUAGGAGGUCUGACUGAAAAGAAGUCUGUAGACUUUGUUUUUAUUAUAAAUUACAAUGUCAGACGAUAAAAAGAUUGAAGAUGUGAAACCAGAAGGGUCUGAACAUAUAAACUUGAAAGUAACGGGUCAAGAUGGUAGUGUGGUACAUUUCAAAAUUAAACGCAACACACCAUUACGGAAACUGAUGUCUGCAUAUUGUGAUAGAGCUGGUUUAAAAAUGGGAGCAGUAAGGUUCAGAUUUGAUGGAAAUCCAAUAAAUGAAACAGACACACCCUCACAGUUGGACAUGGAAGAUGGGGACUCGAUAGAUGUGUUUCAGCAACAAACAGGAGGACUUUGAAUAUUAUAUGUUGUGUUUUCUGGUCAUGCUAAAAAUAUCAUUGUCAGUCAUACACAUCAACAGUUGUAAAGUGAAAUGGACGCUUCAGUGAGGAGGCGAGAAGUGUAAAUUAUGUGGAUUUUUGUACAGAUUGUUUUUAACUCAUCACACUUCAUUGUCAUAUCAUGUUGAAACAGAAUGAUGUUAUUUUUAUGGCAUUUGACCCUAUAAUGUUUCGGUAUCUAAUUCUUCAAGGAAUUGGUUCAGAUUCGUGCUAUAUAUAUUUCUAAAAUAAGAAAAAAUUAUAAAGCCAAACUGUUGUCAGUAUGGCAUUUACAACGUUAAUUCUGUUUCUUUUUUUAAACAAUAAUUGCAAUGUUUUUAAUCAAGACAGGAAUUGUAUCCUUAUCAUUGUCUUUAAACCAUAGUUUCGGUUAUUCUGAUUUAAUAAAUAAAUCUUCUGGACAUGUUUUUCUAAAUUACAAGUUUUUAUACGACCGCUAAAUUUUUUGGUUUGUUUAAUGAUGCAUGUCAAAAGUUUAAUUAAUUAAAGAAGAAACAUCAAUGUACCGGUUUUCAUACAGUUAAAAAAGUUAAUGGUUGUAGCAAGCCUUUAGAUAAAUAAAUUUUAAUCAUUUUAACUGCAGUCACCAGUAGAGUGUUGUCAAUAGAUUCAUGAAAUUGAAAUUUGAAAGUUAUCAAAGCUUUACAUGUCAUAGUCGUACAUUAACAUUAUUUUCAUCAUAAUACAGGUGUAUUUUUAACUUUGACUGUCAUUGAAACAUUGUUAUUUACAUGUAAAAAAAAAUGUAGGAAAAAAUAAAAAUUUUGUCAGAAUAA